CUUGGUGAUAUCCUAUCCUACAUCUCAUGCCUAACCUUACACAACAAACCCCACCCCUGGCUAUCCCUGACACUCGCAAUCAGCUAUACAAUCUGGCAAGCCCUCCCCGGCUCUUUCGCUUCACUGAAUCUACCCAGCCAUGAAAAAUUCAUGCGUUCGCUUGAUCCCCACGAAAAGGAACAAGAUUGCAUGAUCUGUUGGGAUGAUGAAAAACCUCUAGCGAUACUCCCUUGCAAGCACAUGGCUUGUGUAUCUUGCUUGCAACUUAUGGGUGAGAAUUUGCAGACUGCUUGUCCUUUGUGC